GAGAGAGCGAGAGCAGAGGAGAUCCCAGAGAGAGAGAGAGAGAGAGAGAGGCAGCGUGAGGGGAAAUCAUUCAGCUCCUGAUCUUCAGCGAGGACUCUACAACUUACAGACUCUCCGUGGAAACCUAAAAAUUCCCCUUUCCCCUCCUCAGUGUGCUCAUGGUUUACAGAAGAAACGAGGGAUCUCCUCCUCCUCCUCCUCUUCCUCCUCCUCUUCUUCUUCUUCUUCUCUUUGUAUGUUUUCUCUUUCAGCAGGCACCUGAAACCUGCAGAUUUCAGGAGCUGAAGGAACACUGACCCUGCUUUUGAGUGUGUUUGGAGUGUGACGGACAUUUUCCAAAGAGGAAGAAAUGUAAGGAGUAUUUAAAGAUCUCUGGAGGGUGGACAUUGUUUCUGGAUGACGGGAACAUGGAGGAAUGUUUUUAGCCCAAAACUGGACUUUUUAAAUCUCUGAACAGAUGUGAGGGGAGAGUUGGUGCGAGUAACUCACACGCAUGUCAGAUAUGAUAAUGUUCAUCAUCAAUCUCUGUCGUCCGCCGACACACUUGCACAGGUGCAGGGGUGACUCGAGACAAGACGACAAGGACACUCGGGGACUGUCACACACGUUUUUUAACACGCACUCACAGGAAUGACAUCUGUGCAGGUAUGUAGCGUCCGCUUUGUCGUUUUUGAUGCAGAGAAGCUCUCAAACUCUGAGGCAGAAGCAGUCAAACGGAGCCAAGUUUGAGACUUUUACGGAUGAAAAUGUAAAGAUUUGUGCUGCUCUUCUUCUUCUCUUCUCGGCUGUUCGCAUCAUGAAAGAUUAAAGGAGGCUAUGACUUCAGAUUUUUAAAGAUGUAAGACUUCACGUGGAUCUUUUGUUUUUUAACACGAGCGCCGCUCUGAGAGGACACCAAGGAUGAGAAACCUUCAACGGUUUCCCCCGUCGCUCCGGCUUCAAGUGGAUUCUAAGAUCAGACGAUGAGAGGUUUUGUUUUUAAAAUGACUGAAGACAUGUGAGCUCCAGCGUUUGCAGCGGGAUACUUUUCUUCUUUGUUUUCAAAGUGCUGCAAACAUGGACGUUUUAUUUCCAUCCACUCAGCUUUGUCCUUCGAGGCUGAAUAGCUGCUCUUCUUGUCGCGCUGAAUUCAGCAGAGUGCUAUUUUAGUUUCCUGUUGGGACAUCCUCAUCUGUUGAGUAUUUUAUUAGCCACAAAGGCUCCAGAGUUUCCUCUGAGACGCUGGAGUAAAUAACCGAAGACGCUCUCUUCACCUGAGUGAUAAACGGGGUUUUCUUUUUGGUUUUCUCUCUCUCGAGGGGGGGUGGUGGAAAGAUGAGUCGGUGUUCCUCGUUCUUCCUCCACUCUGACCCAUUUUGCAGGCUGCGGUCCUGAGGUAGUCUGUGAAGGGGGUACCGCUUUGACACCAUGAACUUUCAUGGUUCCAACGUGUCCCGCUUGAUCUCCAACACCGCCCGAGCCGCUCUGGAGUCCAACACCUGGCCGCCACGUGGACUCGAGGAAAUCACCCAGUGGAUCAAUAACUCGGGUUGUCACGGGAGCGACGCGCAGUUGGGAAACUGGUCUCGCAGAGGAGUUUACGGCAUGUCUCCGUGCCGUCCCGCCCAGCAGGUGGCGGUGGAGAAGAACUGGGCGGCACUGCUGAUUCUGCUCGUCAUCGCCGUCACGGUCAUGGGUAACAUCCUGGUGAUCCUCGCCGUGUCUCUGGAGAAGAAGCUGCAGAAUGCCACCAACUAUUUCCUGAUGUCUCUGGCGGUCGCUGAUAUGCUCCUGGGCAUCCUGGUCAUGCCGGUCUCCAUGGUGACCAUUCUCUACGAUUACAGCUGGCCCCUGCCCUCUGACCUCUGUCCCAUCUGGAUCUACCUGGAUGUGCUGUUCUCCACGGCGUCCAUCAUGCACCUGUGCGCCAUCUCUCUGGAUCGAUACAUCGGCAUCAGAAACCCGAUCCACCACAGCCGCUUCAACUCCCACACCAAGGCCCGGCUCAAGAUCAUGGCUGUGUGGACCAUCUCAGUGGGGAUCUCCAUGCCCAUCCCCGUGCUGGGGCUCAGGGAUCACUCCAAGGUGUUCAAAGAUGGCAGCUGCCUGCUGACAGAUAACAACUUUGUGCUGGUCGGCUCCUUCGUGGCGUUCUUCGUGCCGCUCACCAUCAUGGUCGUCACCUACUUCCUGACCAUCAAAGCGCUGCAGAACGAGGCCACCCUCUGUUUGGACCAGCUGGUCCCGCGGCCCAAAUGGAGCACGACGUUCACGCUGAGCUUCUUACCUCAGACCUCGCUGUCCUCUGAGAAACUCUUCAGACGCUCUAUAAGCCGCGAGGCCGGCGGCAGAGGUAGCAGCGGCGGACUGAGCGCCGCCCGAGGGAGUGUCACCGGCUCGUUGUUUGGACGCCGCACCAUGCAGUCCAUUAGCAACGAGCAGAAGGCGUCUAAAGUACUUGGGGUUGUGUUUUUCCUCUUUGUGGUCAUGUGGUGUCCGUUCUUCAUCACCAACGUGCUCGUGGUGGUGUGUGACCCCGCCGUGUGCGAGCCAGGGCUCAUGGGAGGCCUGCUGAACGUUUUUGUGUGGGUGGGAUAUUUGUCCUCGGCGGUCAAUCCUCUGGUCUACACACUGUUUAACAAAACUUACAGAGCGGCGUUCCUCAGAUAUGUUCGAUGUCAGUACACACCGGAGAAAAAACCUCUGCAGCUCAUUCUGGUGAACACUAUCCCGCCACUCGCUUACAGCUCAACGCAGCUGCCCCUCGGCGACCUGGGGAGGCUGAGAAACGGAGUGAAGGACUUUUCUUUACCCGCACAGGAAACAGAGAAAUGUAAGCAGGACAAAAAACAAGGCGAGAAGGACGAGAGCUGCGUGUGAGCUGACUGAAACUGACCUGAAGCCCUGCCUCAAGGCUCAGUUUAAGGAGAGGUUUAAACGUCAUUUUGAAGUUUGAGGUUUGAAGUCGAAGUGCCAAAGACAAAGUGCCUCUCGGCCAGGAUUUAAGAAACGCUGAGUUCCCAGCCCUAAAAAUAUAGUCUUCAUCCAGCAUCUGAUCCUUAUCUACACCGGCUUAAGUUCUUUAUUACAACAAAACA